AUGCAAAAAAACUGCACAAAAUGCCCGCGAUUCGUGGAAUAUCGCUUUUGGUAUCGGCGGUUUCAAAUGUACUCUGAGGGAGAGUUGAUGUCCGCAAAUGACUGGCGCAAGGAAGACGAGCAAACAUGUGCUUCCGUCCUCUCAUUCCAGCGUCAAAUUCAUCCGAAAGAAGCGUCUUCCUUCUGGCCACGCCACAGCACACACUCGAGCACAGCUCGGUCCUUGUCUCGCCUUUUCGGGAUUCGAACAUGGAGCCACGAUAGUUGCAAGCUGUUGAAGGCGAAGCGGAUCGCCUUCAGCUCGGAUCCGCAGCAGCCACUCGUCGAGAUCUUCUGGCAAAUUCUUCAUCCGCGCGUUGCGUACAUUCAUUGCUCCGGAGCAUACUCGCCUCGAAGAAACAUGCAUCUCGCCUCCAACCCUCUGGCCCGCCGGAAACAUGCAAUGCCGUUGCAGGCAAGUCUGCUCGUCUUGGGCACACGCAAACGUCACACUUCACACGUCGACAGUACCCCCAUUGACCCUGUUCGGUUCGACCUCGACGCUGUUGUCAUGCCAAUGGGAGACAAAGUGGCACAACAACUGGUUGCUGCGACGCCUAGUUUCACCUUUUUCGGCAAAAGGAAGAAGACAUUUGGAUUAGCCGCCUUGACUGAACGCGUCACUUCUUUUCUCGCCAGCACAGCCUCUCUUCGCUUCGGUACAGAAGUGGCUGAGUCUGCCCUCGGCCAGACAGUCUCCGACCAACUCGGCUGCAACGUCGCCUCGGAAAGCGAUAAGGAGUGGUCGUGUUGCCGUUCGGGUUGGCGGUCUGUGACUGGAGGUGAGGGAGCAAGGUUUGUAAAUGAUCACUUUCAACUCGCACUCUCCGUACUUCAUGUCCACUUGCAUUUACGCGAGUGGCUAACCUGGACCGGACCUGACGAUCCAAUUGUCAGUUCAGCCAGUCUGGCGACAGUAUCCAACCGACAGGCCAGAUCCGAUAGAAUGUUCUUUGCCUCCUGA